CUGAGGAGGUAAAAACCGGUGGGGUUUACGGGUACAGCCAUCCGGGCAAAACCAUGGCGACUCUCUCCCUCUCUCUAACCCCUCCCUCGGCCGUGCUCCCUUACCUCACCCGCAGGCCCGCCUCCAACCUCCACCCGCGGGUCUCCUCCCGUGGUACCCUCGUCUGCCUCGGCGCGAAGCCCAAGACGCCCCUCCCCAUCGCUUCUCCAUCCCCACUCGGGGACGACCCAGCCAAAUGGGACCCUGCCGAAUGCGACGCCCUCCUCCGCGGCGGCGAGCAGGUCGCCUCCGUGCUCCAGGAGAUGCUCACGCUGAUGGAGGGCAUGGAGAUGAAUGGUGCAUUUGCACCGGUCGCAGUGGAGCUCGUGGCGCAGGGAGUAAUUGCGAAGAGGGUUGAUGAGAUGGAGUCUGGAUUCCUCAUGGCACUUGAUUAUAUGAUACAGCUUGCACAGAAGGAUGGUGAUGAUGAGCGAAACUCUCUUCUUGAGGUAGUCAAGCAGACGGUACUAGACCAUCUCACAAAAAAAUGCCCUCCACACGUUCAAGUGGUUGGUCUUCUUUGUCAGACCGAAAAGAAAGAGAGCAGACAUGAAUUACUACGUCGUGUAGCUGCUGGUGGAGGUUUGUUCGAAAAUGAUAAAGGCCUUAAGUGUCAAAUUCCAGGGGCAAAUCUUAAUGACAUUGCGAACCAGGCAGAUGAUCUGCUGGAGUCCAUGGAAAGCAGACCCACAAUUCCUGAUCGAAAACUUCUGGCAAGACUAGUUAUAGUAAGAGAGGAAGCUCGAAAUAUGAUGGGAGGUGGCCUUUUAGAUGAAAGAAAUGAUCGUGGUCUCAAUACCCUUCCUCAGGCAGAGGUGAACUUCUUGAGCAAGCUGGUUGCUCUCAAACCAGGGAAACCAUUGGAGAGGAUGAUCAGCGAUGUUAUGCAUGGCAAAGGUGAAGGUGCUGAUAAUGCUGAACCAAAUUCUGUCCUGGAACCUCCAACCGGGAUAUCUGGAAGGGAAAAUGUAACGGGCCACAAGCCACACCCUGUCCGCCCUGGAAUGUUCCUUGAGACAGUUUCUAAGGUUCUUGGUGGCAUCUAUGCAAAUAACACAUCUGGCAUUACAGCACAACAUCUAGAAUGGGUACAUCAAACAACACUGAAGAUUCUUCAGGAUAUGGCCUUCUAAUGUCGUGCUUCAUAAGUCCUACAAUACGACAGUUUGUUUAGGCUAGAGAUGGAAAAGAGAUUGAGACAAAGCAAAUGGAUCAACUCACUUCUUUAUUGGUGAUGUAUCGCAUAUAUAUAGGGAUGAAGGAGAGGUGGUUGCCAAAAGGGGUAACGGCAACCGCACUUGUGAGCAGUUACAAGUAGGGAUUACACCAUAACUAACACAUGUUGAUUACAUCUAACACUGCAAGAGACUUGUUUUUUGCAGUUUCCUGGAACUUCUUGAAAUAAUCUAAGCUUAAUUGGAAAACUCCCAAUUCUUCGGUUUCAAAUUGAA